AUGGCCGCUGCCUCUCGUUGUCUCUCUCUCUUGGCCCUCUCACUGUCUGGCGCUUGGUGUUGCGAUUUCCUGGGUGCUGGGGAUUGCAAGGCGAUUGGCCUGGCCUCGGCGGUUACAGAGAGGGCCUGGGCCAAUGAGAUGAGAAGCCGCUUCUCCUGUACUACCGAAACCAUCGACCAAGUCCGGUUGCUGCCAUGCGAUGCCACCCACAAAAUGGUGCUAGCAGCCGUCAGGGCGUUCUCCGAGUCGCUAACUAGCAUCUCGAUGAAAACACAUCGUCGCCGCCUCGAUCUUCCCGGUGAUUCAAAACCAGACAGCUGAGAUGGAAGAAACAAAAAG